ACUGGCAGCAGCUCCUCCCUCCGCUGUCAGGGAGCGACGGAACGAGUUGGGCCGGGCGGAGCGAGGCUGGAGUGGCCCCGUGAUUUGGAAAUGACUCCCGGGAGCUUGCCGUGAGCUCGGAGUUGUCGCCGUCGCAGUCGCCACCCUGGAGGGGACGUGACCUCUGCCACAAUGUUUAGGAGGAUUUUACAGAGGACUCCGGGCAGAGUUGGGUCUCAGAGUUCUGACUCCGAUUCAUCUGCAGUCCCUGGAAAUGCAGUGGAUGUCAACAAUGAGAGCUCUUCGGAGGGCUUCAUCUGUCCAGUGUGCAUGAAAAUGUGCAUUACUGCCACUGAUCUGUCUGAACAUUACCAUGAGCACAUUGGGAUAGAAACAAGAAGACUGGAGCUUCGUGAACUUCCUGCUGUUACUGGAUUUAUUUGUCCUCUUUGUAUGAAAUCCCAUGGAUCAGCCGAGGAACUUUUUAAACAUUAUGAAGCAGUUCAUGAAUCUGGUAUUGAGACAAGUCACGGAGGAGAAACUAACAUGUCUCCAAAAAGAGAUGAUGUAACACUACUACGACAAGAAGUUCAAGACUUGCAAGCUUCACUUAAGGAGGAACGAUGGUACUCUGAAGAGCUGAAGAAAGAAUUAGAAAAAAUUCAAGGGCAGAGGCAGCAAGAGUCUAAGUCUGAUGGACUGGCAACUGCUGCAUCUACAGAAUUAGAAUCAUUAGAACAGAAGCUAGAAGAGAGUCAAGUAGAAAAUUUUAAUAUUAAGCAGAUGAAAGACUUAUUUGAACAGAAAGCAGCACAAUUGGCCACUGAAAUUGUGGAUCUUAAAGCCAAAUAUGAUCAAGAAACAAGCCUUCGACAAGCUGCAGAACAGAAAGUGGCCAAUUUGACACAAGAGCUACAGAAAGAGAGAGGUGUAUGUGAAGAUUUAAAAACAGAGCUGCUUCAGAGGCCUGGGGUGGAAGAUGUUGAUGUUUUAAAAAAGGAAUUAGUCCAAGUUCAAACACUGAUGGAUAAGAUGACUUUGGAGCGUGAGAGAGAAUCUGAGAAACUGAAAGAUGAGUGCAGUCACUUGCGAGCAGAAUGUUCAACCUCAGAGACUACCAUCAAUCAGUUAAGAGCUGAACUUGCCAAAGGACCACAGGAGGUUGCUGUAUAUGUACGGGACCUUCAAAAACUUCAAACAUCAGUUAAUGAAUUAACACAGAAAAAUCAGAAUCUGGCAGAAAAGUUAAAAAAAAAAGAAUUGGAUUACACUCAAUUAGAAGAAAGGCAAAAUGAAGAAUUGCUCAGUAAAAAAAAUCUGCAAGCAACCCUUAAUCAAAAGGACUUGGACUGUCAACAACUUCAGGCAAGGCUGUCUUUAUCUGAGAACUCAUUACAGAGGUUACAGAAAGAAUUAGGUGAAAGGGGAGAAGCAAAUCAGAAACUUAAAGAGGAAUUGUCGGAAGCUGAGACAAAAUACCAGCACCUUAAGGCAGAUUUCAAACAGCUGCAGCAACUAAAGGAGGAAAAAGAACAGCACAGCCUACAACUUCAAAAUGAGCUCAGUCAGUUGCACAAUAAACUUCUGGAGACAGAGCGUCAACUUGGGGAAGCACAUGGCCGGCUAAAAGAGCAGAGACAACUCUCUAGUGAAAAGCUGAUGGAUAAGGAACAACAGGUGGCUGACCUUCAGUUAAAACUUUCCCGUGCUGAGGAGCAGCUAAAGGAGAAAGCAGCAAAUGCAACUGAAUUGCAGCAUCAGUUAGAUAAAAUGAAACAGCAGCACCAGGAGCAACAGAAUCUUCAGCAAAGCACGACAGCAAAGUUGCGAGAAGCCCAGAAUGAUUUGGAGCAAGUACUACGUCAGAUUGGUGAUAAGGAUCAAAAAAUCCAAAAUCUUGAAGCCCUGCUGCAGAAGAGUAAAGAGAAUAUCUCCCUGCUGGAAAAGGAAAGGGAGGACUUAUAUGCCAAAAUUCAAGCUGGUGAAGGAGAAACAGCUGUUCUUAACCAGCUACAAGAAAAGAACCACACUUUGCAGGAACAGGUAACUCAGCUGACGGAAAAACUGAAAAACCAGUCAGAAAGCCAUAAACAGGCCCUAGAGAAUCUGCAUGAGCAGGUGCAGGAGCAAAAGGUGCAUCUAAGAGCCUCUCAAGACCGUGUUCUCUCCUUAGAAGUGACUAUAAGUGAGCUAAAUAGUCAGCUAAGUGAAAGCAAAGAAAAAGUAAUGCAACUUGAUUUGCAGAUAAAAGCAAAGACUGAAUUGCUUCUAUCAGCGGAAGCAGCAAAAGCUGCUCAAAGAGCAGACCUUCAGAAUCAUUUGGAUACUGCCCAGAAUGCAUUACAAGAUAAACAGCAGGAGCUAAAUAAGGUCAGUACACAGUUGGAUCAGGUUGCUGCUAAGCUGCAUGACAAACAGGAAUACUGUACUCAGUUGGAAGCCAGUCUUAAAGAGUACAAAGAAAAGCAUCUUCAUUUAGAGCAGAAAAAUGAAGAGCUGGAAGGUCAGCAUAAGAAACUUGAAGCUGACAUUCUUGAAGUCAUGGGAAGUAAAGAAAAGGCACUUCAGGAGCUACAACAGCAAAGACAGCAGUGUACAGACCUAAGUCUCAAGGCUGCAGAACUGACCAAACAACUAGAUGCAGAAGGAGAAAUAAUAUCUAGUACCAAAUUAGAUUUACAAAAGAAAUGUGAUAGUCUGGAAGAAGCAAACCAGCAGAUAUUGAAACAAGAAGAAGAAAAUGGAAGGCUGAAAUUGGAUAUUGAGAAAUUACAUCAAGAAACAGACAGACGUCACAAGGAACUAGACAGAAAGCUGCAAGCAGUGACAGAGGAUUUGCAGAAAAUGAAGUUAGAAAAAGAUACUCUAUUAAAGGAAGUUGAAGUCAUCAAAGACAAACUGUCAAAAAGCACUGAAUCUUUGAAAGAAGCAAAAGAUGAAUUGGAAAAGGAGAAACAGAAAGGAAAGGCAGCUGUGGCAGAAAUAGAGAAAUCUUGUCAAGAGGCUAGACAUCAGCUUCAGCUUCAGUCAGAAUCUAUAGCUAAAGAACAGAAUGAACUGAAAAACUCAUUGGAAAAACAAGAAGGGAUCUCCAAGCAGCUGACAACAGAGCUUGAUUCAGCACGUGCACAGGUCCUGCAGAUUCAAGGUGUUCUGAAAGAAAAGGAAAAGAAUGAACAGCAACUCCAGUUGAAGGUGAAAGAACUGAAGGAAUCUUUUGACCAGAAGAAAAAGCAAAAUGAAACGCAACAAGCUGAAUUAAAAUCUGCUCUCUUAGAAAAGGCAGAGUUAGAGAACAAACUGCAGCAGCAGAUAACAUUGUCAGCACAAGAGUUUACAGCAGAGAGAGAAAAAAUAGUAGAGCUGCAGAAGGCCCAUAAAAAAACCCAAGAGAACAUGGAAAAACUUCAGUUGGAUUUUUAUGGUAAAGAAUCUGAGCUCUUGGCUACACGGCAAGAUCUUAAGUCUACAGAGGAAAAGCUUGCAUUGGCACAAGAGGAAUUGGUUUCAAACAGAAAUCAAAUUAGUAAUCACAAUCAGUUGAUCAAAGAACUUAAGACUGUAAGAUCCACGCUAGAGCAGGACAUGUCUAAAAAAGGACAACAGCUGAAAGAGCAGGACAAACUGUUGCAAGAAAUACAGAAAGAUAAGGCUGCAAAAGAAAUAGAGUUGGCUAACGAAAAAGCUAAAAUGACAGAGCUUCAGAACAUAAACGCCGGACAGGAAAAAGAAAAUUCCAGACUGAAGGAAGAAGCCAGAAUCUGUAAACAAGAAUUUGAAAAGGAGAUAACAAAUUUAAAGGAUGCCAAGCAACUGUUGAUUAAACAAAAACUAGAAUUACAAGGAAAACUUGAUAACAUUAAUUCAGCUUUUGAACAGGAGAAAAAGAAUCAGAAAGUUAUCAAAGAUCAGUUGAAAAAGAGAGAAGAAGAACUGAAGAAGAAAUGUGCUGAGAUUGAGACAAAACUGCAAGCUGAAAUCAAGGAAAGAAAUGAACAAUACAAAAGUCAUGAAGAAGCUGAGGGUAAGCUCAAUAUGCAGAUCACAGCUUUGAAUGAAAAUCUGGGGACGGUGAAAAAAGAGUGGCAAAGUAGCCAGAGAAGGGCUAGUGAAUUGGAAAAGCAAAUAGAUGAUCUACGUGGAGAGAUUGCCGUUCUGGAAGCGACAGUGCAAAAUAACCAGGAUGAGAGGAGAGUGUUGCUGGAAAGGUGCCUUAAAAGUGAAGGAGAAAUUGAAAAACUUCAGAGCAAAUUGAUGGAUGCGCGAAGAAAACUGGAUGAUACUACUGCAGCCAUGCAAGAGCUAGGCAGAGAGAACCAGUCACUGCAGAUCAAACAUACACAGGCUCUGAAUAGGAAAUGGGCUGAAGACAAUGAGGUUCAGAAUUGCAUGGCCUGUGGGAAAAGUUUUUCUGUAACAGUAAGAAGGCAUCACUGCAGACAGUGUGGAAAUAUCUUCUGUGCCGAGUGUUCAUCAAAGAAUGCCUUAACUCCUUCUUCUAAGAAACCUGUUCGUGUCUGUGAUACCUGUUUCAACGACUUGCAAGGAUAAUUACUCACAGCUCUUAAAUGUCAUGCUAGAAUAAAGUUUCUGUUAUGCACUUCGUACAACACUCAGACUGCUGUUUGGUUUGGGUGAUGAUUGUAUUAAUUGGCAAAAUUAUAGUAUUGUUGAAAAUAUACUUAUAAAAAGUCAAACCAUUGUACUUCUUGUGAGGCUGAAAUUAACUAUGGCUUAUUUGGUUUUGAUCCUACAAGAGCUUCUGUGUCAAGUUUAUAAGUCCCUAGUAACUUGUAAAUAAAGUUUAAACAGAGGAGUAACAAUGUAUUUUUAAAAUCCCAAUUUCUCUGUUUAAAAGUAACACAUUUUAAAGUAAACAUAUUUGCAGGGAUUUUGUGUAUCAAAUAUUGCUGCUGUAAUGGGAUAGUUACAAUUUAUUAGCUGCAUUGAAGUGUGAAAGAUAUUUAACAGCCCAAAACAAGCUUAUUUUGGUUAUUUCUUUUCUUUCUUUCUUUUCUCCUUCACUGGGGGCUCCACUUCCAUGGUGUGUGCCUAGAAAACUGUCUUGAGCUUUUAAAUUUGUCAGGAUGUUUCACCAUAGUGUCACUAUAUACUUCACUGAAAAUGAAAAGCAAUGUCAAGCCUAUAGUGUACAUUUGACAUAUCUUCUAAGAAUACUGUGCAUCAUAUCAAAGGUACUUAAGUGGACUACAUCAUCCUUAAUAUGCAAGUUCUUAUUCUUAAACCUUUUGAACUAGGACCAUGUUUUUGAUCCGUACCCUUUAAGAGUUAUGCUCACAUUUUUUGUACUAUUAAAAAUAAUUUUCUCUGUUCUGUUCCCUUUAUUCACAGGAAAUAUUACAUGGAAGUUCCAGGAAGCAAUAUCAGGAAGUGCAGGAAUUCAAAAAUAAAUAGUUAGGAAAGAAAGUAGCGACCUUGGAAUUCCAGCAUUUUCAGUGUAAAUUUUUGUCUCCGAUUUCUUAGUUCUUGCUAGAGAUUUGUCUAAUCUCCCUACCAAAUUGGAGUGAAAUUCCCAGUUCUAUUCAUGGGACAGCUUUAAGACUGAAGGGAAGCUGAAAUUCUACCACUAGUAGUCUUUCUCUUGGUUUGCCUGAACUAAUUUAAUUACAUACUACAUACAUACAUUAGUUUUAUAGUACAGUGGUGUCAUAUUUUGACCAACUGAAAAAUUGGUGAAUCGCUAUUUUUAAAUUAAAGGAUUGGAUUUAAGCAGCAAACAAAAUCUUCCAGCUUCAUGCCAUAAUACCACAUUUUCUUUUGAUUUGAGAGGUGUGGAUUGCAUAUCUUUACAUACAUACAUCUACACACAUUUUGUUGAUACAAAAUCAUGUACUUUGUUUAGUUUAGUUUUGUUUAAGUUUAUUGCGGUCAAAGACCCACAGUAUAUACAGAGAGCAACAUAAAAAGGGAAAUAAAAUAGGAGAACAAUAGAGCAUUAAAACAGAAUACACGUUAAAAUUGCAUCAAGACAAACUUACAAACAAGAGGGCAAAGUUAUCCGCAUUUGUUGGGAAGCAUAGAUAAACUUAGCUACUUGAAGGGAGAUUUCCCUGUCAAAACCAGCCAGCAGGUAAGAUAUUGUGAGUUCUGGGGACUUAUAUGAACACCUUGCCAGGAGAGGGGAGAGGAAUUUUUCCCUUAACAGUGAAUAUAAGGGGCAGCAUAGGAAUGAAUGCUGGAGUGUUUCAAUGGAACCCAUACCACAGGGACAGAGGCGUUGUUCGGCUGGGAGGCCAGAGAACCUCCCGCUCAACAGUGCGGAAUGUAGGGAAUUGAAUCUGGCCUUGGUAAAAGCUAAUCUGAAUUUAGGUACUGUAAGAAAAUCUAAAUAAGGAGCCAGGUUUCCGGGGUCCAUUUUUACCUUCAGAAAGAGGGGGGAGCAUACUUUAGAGGCUCUAUCAAAUGAAGAUUGCAAGUCGAGGUCUCUUAGCUGGGACCGAAUUUGGGCUUUUGCUAGUGUGAAUGGUAGAGAUGCUAGGAAUUCCCCAGAGAAACCUAAAUGCAGAAAUUUCGCAGAGAGGUUUUUACUCCAGUUAGAUGUGAAAUUGGCAUUCCAAAGGGCAGAUAUAAAGCCUGGCUGCGGAUUAUAGGCACGGACGGCCCAAAAAUUUACGGCCAUCAACCAUGCCGUGCAUUCCAUGGAUGCAAAACCGCACUCUAACCUAAGGGCUGCAGAAGCGACGCAUCUCGGUACGCCAAGGACCUUGCGUAGAAAAAGGGAGAGGACUGCUUCCACUGAAGAAUUGAAUGAAUGUAUCCAUAUAGGGGCCCCGUAGAGAAUCUGGGGGAUGAUUGUGGCUUUGAAAACCUGGAUAACAGGCACAUACUGCCCCCCUUUGGUAAAAAAGAAGCAUAAUACACCCUUUACUGUGUUACGAGCAUUCUUGAUCGCCACUUUAAUAUGGGUUGUCCAUUUCAACGUGGAAUGGAAUAUGAUUCCUAAAUACCUGAAAUGGGGAACCUGUUCAAUUUGGUGGCCAUUAAUUGUCCAUGGAGAGGUUAUUUUAUGGUUAGAAAAUACCAGGAUUUUGGUUUUAGAGUAGUUGAUAUUCAAUCGGUUAUCACUACAGUAAAGCAUGAAGGCUUUGUUCGCAGUGGGGCGUGCAUCGCCUGACAGAAACAGUUGUCCAAGAACGGAAUACUUGGAAAUAGAGGACGCCGUCCCCUGGCAUUAUAUUUGUAACAAAUAGCCAGCUUAUCCGAUUGCAGUGACAGGUUCCACCUUGUUGAGUGUCUUUCAAUUGACUCAGGCCUUUGCUCCGAGUGGUCCCUCAGAGUAGACUCGAGAUCUGCCAUGUCCUUGACAGAGAUGAAGCUCCGAGUAUCUAACUUGGGGCUCCGUCAGAUGCAGCGACGAUUUUCUCCGCGUAACCUGGCUGUAGGCUUUUGAUGAGUCAUUCUUCGUUGGAACGUCCAAUUGUUUGAAGAGAGGUCUAAAGUUCAUCUUAUUGGGAUUGUUGGGCUUAGUGUUCUUAAUAUUUUUUUAUUUUUUGGGUUGAUUAGUAUUUGAAGCAGAAGUGGGGGUUUUUUUCCUCAUUCUGCCUCUGAUUUUGCCCGUGUCUGGGCUACGGUUAUGGAGCAGUUCAGAUCUAUAGGUAGAGUUUUCUAUAAGUGUUCUUCCACCUCUUGGGGGUAGUAGUGCUUCCACCAGCGUGGUAAGUAGAUUGUUUGUUUCUGAGAUAUAUGCCUUAACUAGCUUCAUUUCCUCGAGCAGAAGGGGCUGCCAGUCUUGUGGGAGAUCUAAAGAGGGGGAUCCGUUCUUUACGCUUUCUCUCUCAGCUGAAGUUGUAGGUUGUCCCUUGAUAGGGUGAUAAGAGUCAAUAGUAAGGAAUUCUGAGGGCAGCUCAUCAUUUAAUGCACUCAAAGAUAAGUGUAAACCUACGUCCUGCAGUUCCUCUGCGAGUCUUUUGGCAGCUGGAAAGGACGUAUGCAGUUUAGCAGAGAGGGGUGUGUGCUACAGUCCAUUCGUUUUCCAAGCAUAUAUUCGUGGAAUUAGAUAAGGGUUUCUGUGAUAUCGAAGGGGAUAAGGCAUUAAUAGGGAAAAAUAUUCUGUAAUCUUAUUCUGGACAAUGUUUGACGCAGUAAAUCCUUCCACAGUUAGACCCAUCUCCUGGAAGUUACUUCUUGUCAUAACCAUCUUAGCUCCGAACCCCUGAAAAUAUCAGAGGGGGCUGGCACAAAAGUUUGAUUUAGCUGCUGCAAUCAGCUAGACGUUUAUUUCAGCAGCCUUCGUAAAUUUUGGUCUCAAGUUUGUAAGUCCUCUGACAAAACACAGAGAUGUCAGGCAGAUCCCAGUAAGAUUAAUGGCGGAUCCUCCUAUGCUUGAGCGUCCAUGAUCAAGCAUAUCAGCUUACAGCUGUCUGAAGAUAGAGAAGAUGGAAUGCGGAAUUGUGCCAAACUACACCCCGGAGUCUCCCCCUUCCCUACUUCUUGUGUCUUAGGCUUUAUCUGCUCAUAGCAAUCCUUUGUUGGUAGCUUUGGAUUUCAACGCGACUUACCAGAAACCGACCACCCAUGUACUUUGUAAAACUUACCAACACUAAAAUGAUGUUUAAAAUUAACAUUUUUGGAUAUGUGAUCUAUUUAGAAUGCCAUCUUAUUUUUCUUGACCCUUUUGGAUGAGAUAUGAGAUCCCGGCAAACAGAAAUGUUGUAGACUGAGAAACUGAGCUCGGAAGAAAGGGAGAAACCAACAACUUAAAACAGAUAUAUUUGUAGAGAGGCCACGGCUAGCACAUCCUUUGCACUUAGAAGGCCCCAGGUUCAAUCCUUCAUGCCUCCAGAUAAAAAUGUUUCACAGCUACCAUGUCUCACAAAGCCCCCCCUUUUUUGCCUAGAACUUUGGGUCCUGUAGACAGUUGUGGGCCAAUAGCCUGAUUUAGUACAAAGCAGCUAUGUAUGUUCAAAAAUGUCCAGAUGGUCAAAUACAAAUAUGUUGUACAGAGCUUCCACACUUCCUGAGUCAGGUGUGCAUGCUCCAUAUGCAAAGUUUACAUCUAAUCAUUUCGCUGUUACCUGUGACUACAGUAACUUCCAAAGCAUCCACUAUAAGAGAACUGGAGAUUGAUUAAAGAAAUCUUCAUUGAUUAAUCGUAUGAGUUUUAAUCAAUUACACUGGUUUAUAAAAUAAACUCUAGUUCUGAAGGAAAAGAGUAUUUUGGUUUUAGAUGAUACUCGUGUAUUGUAGCAGGCAUUACCUUAGAACAGACCUUCUUUGCUACGUGUGACAGAAGGGAGGAUGCCUCUGCCAUUCACAACUUAUGGUACGUACUUGUAGUAAGAAAGUGUUUAAAAGCUCAUGAAUUUAAACAGAUAAAAUAUUUUAAGUGAUUUGACUGGUUAAUUUACAUAUUGCAGCCUUAGAAGUUGCACAUGUAUAUGUGGAGACAAAGAAGAAUCCAUCUUGUCCAGAGAAAGAGCAUGAGGUUAGUUCUGUAGUUUAGCAAUUUGAUCUAGUUCAGUGGAACCCCCUCCCCCUAAAAAACCUCAGGAAGGGUAAGAUAAUAGCAUUGUCACUUGCACUAUGCACUUUCUUUCUCGGGGAACCAGCAUAAUAUGCAAGAAAUGAAACGGCUGUUUUGCAAGAACUCAUGUAAGAAUUGGUCCACAAGACUGUGUAUUCUUAGCUAAGUGCUCACUGCAAUUCAUAGUAACUUCAUUUUGGUGCUUAGGAAUAUUGCAUCCAUAAUUCCUAAGUACUCCAGAGGACGCACGUGUGUAUAUAUAUAGCAAAGGAGUUUGCAUUUUAACAAGCAUUGUUUGAUCUUAAGAACUGAAAAAUAUGGACAUAGCAGUUUUGCACAUUUUAUGUUAGAAGCUGAAUGGUUUCCAUUAUUCAUGUAUGAGCUUUUGUUUUCUUAGCAUUAAAUUACAUGUAUGGUCUGUUUUCCAGACCAUAGCAAUAAGUAUAGAGGACCCCAUACCUAAGAGCAGACAUGUUUGUGUUCCCAUUCUGUUUUAAAUUGCAAAAAAAGCUUAAAAGUACUAUAUGUCUAUAAAAUAGUUACAACUACCAUUUAAGGCUUUAGGAAAUGAGUAAAAGCUGCUAGUCCUCAGCAUUGACUGUUCUGGCUCGGUAAAUUAAAUGAUACAAUAUUCUAUGCAGUCAUUGUACAGCAGGUACAUGGAAAGAUUUUCACCGGAUUAAGAACAUAUUUCAAGUUGGGAAACUAAUCCUUUCUCUCGUGUACGCUUAUUAAAAAGCCACUAGAUUUAGUGAAGACUUCUUGCUCAGUUGUCAUUCCCUCCUCACAAGUUUUACUACUGGUUUUCUGAGUUAAAAAUGUCUAAAUACAUUGUUCAUUGUUGAUAUAUAAACAGACUGGUGUGGCAGAUCCCAGUCUCCUGGUGUUGGUGCUCAUGCAGCGUACAUUCUACCAUGCUGUUAAAUCCCAAAUCUCAUCACCAAGGGGAUAGGAAAAGAAUGUCACAUUGGGUUACCAAACACAGAAACCUUUUAUAAUAGAAAUCUGUCCAAAAUGCUGCUUGUAUAGGAUUUGUCACUUUUGUAAUAAAAUUAUUUUUAAAAAACUUUAAAAAACACAAAAGCCCCUCCAUUCUGACACUUUAUGCCACUAUAUAAGAUUUAAUUUAAACUACCUCUUGAUAUGAAAUUCAAUUUUAGUGCAUUUUGAUAGGAUUUCUUCCCUAUAAUGUUAGGUAUGAUUUGUGAUAACUGCCAAAUUUUCCAAGUGUUUUGUCUCACCAAAAAUGUAAUAUCUGGGUAUGUAUGCUGUUUCCAAUUAUUCUAGAUUCACUUGUGCAAUCUUGACCUCUGUAGUUUAGUUCAACUACCUUGUAGUUGUUGGACAGGAAUUCAGUCAUCAAUGCAAACUGUCUUAGUCAUAACUGUUGGUCUAUCAACUAUAUGUAAUAUUGACAAACUGGCUACUGUUAACAUGAAUAUGCCAUUAAAUUAGCCUCUGUUUCCAGCAGUCUAGACAAGAAGUUGACAAAUGCUAUUAAGCUUAUAAUGGAUGUGUGCCACAAAUUGUACUGUCCUGUUGGCCUCUUUUUAAUGAUUGGUUUAUUACGGUCACAGAUGUGAAUAUUGUGCAUAAUAUUUACUGAUUUUUCUGUAUAAUUGUAUAAAUUAGAAUGGGAAAACUUCUGUGCUUACCUUAUAUUUACAGAUUUAUUAAGGUAGCCUUCCUACACAACACUGCACUUCUUUUUCAACUGGACCCUUAAACUCACAUUAUCUGUAGAUAGUCUUGCAUGACCAAUUUUAUCAGCUGGAUUCUCUUAAAUCCUCCUCUCAGUGGUGUGUUUAUGACUUGUGGUCAUGUAGUUGUGCCUUACAUUGUGAAAGAGUUUAGUUCAGUAUGCACUGUAAUCCCUAAACUCUGCAUUUGGAAAGUAAUGAAAGCUGAGGAGUGACACCUGCAUCAGCUAAUUCUGUAUGAAAUACAUGAGUGGAUACUGGUGGAAAUGUUACUUUUGUAUUCUAACCUGUUAUUGGGCUGAAAAUAAAAUUAGAC